AUGGGGAGCGUGUCGAAUAGCUCAUUUGACGCAUAUGCCGCCUAUGGCCUAUCCUCCAGCCCUCCAGCGACACCUUUACCCGUUUACCAACACCAACACGGCAUCACCCAUGGAAUCCGCCCAUUGCCGCCAACGCCACAAGCACGACGAAAACCAGUUCCAAUGUCUUCCCGACUUAUAUCGUUCACGACCUGCGAGCUGUCUGAUGCACUCAUUAAACUUGGCUCUAAAUCUGGCGGUUUCAUUCCUGGAAUAACGCUCAGGUCUGAGGGUAAAAUCUGUGCCUCUGCCUACACUGUCCAGAUGGCGCUUGCCAGUCACGACUCCCCGCCACUCUCGGAACAUUUCGUCGAUACGGUACCUGCUGGGGCGGCUAUCGUUAUUGACGUACCUCCACAGGCGCAAAAUGCAGCGUGGGGCGGCCUGAUGUCUGCUGGGGCAAUUGCGAGGUCGGCUGUGGGGGUGGUCAUCUCGGGUCGCUUCAGAGACUUGGCAGAACAACGCGAACUGAAAUUCCCAGUUUAUGCACGCGGCCACUCGACCCUUGGCCAGUCACCUUUCACUCGACCAGUCGCCAUCAACGUCCCCCUAGUUAUCAGUCCUCCCGAUAACAGCGACUUCCCGCCAGUCACCGUUCGCCCUGGCGACUACAUCGUCGCUGAUGAAGAUGGAGUAGUGUGUGUCCCUCAGGAAAUGGAGGUUAUAGUCGCAGACACAGCAGAACAGGGGAGAGCCAUUGACCAACUUUGCAUGGAGGACAUCAAGGCUGGCAAGGGUAUUAAGGCUACAUUCAUGAAGUACAGAGGCAAAAAAUGA